UAGCCAUCUCUUCGUUAAAUUCUAGGUGUACCUUGGCAACGAAGAUCACUUGUAAAAGAUAACUAAUAACGUGCGACAUGGCUUUAUGUAAGGUCCCAGACAACUUGGAGGUCAUUCUUAGCUAUGCUGACUCUACUGAUAUUGUCGAUUGCCUUCAUGCUGGAGUGUUCCUGAAAGGAAGGAAAGAGAAGUUUUGGUUCGACAAGACUUCUGGUUCCAACGCAUUCAUGUUGUUUGCAAGGGAUUUCUCAAUCACUCGGGGAAAUGAUCAACGUUACUGGAAGUGGACCUCCAUAAUAGAUGAAAAUGGUGGUGUCGAAGUGGAGGUGGUUGAGGCGGUGGAAAUAAAUUGGCUUGAGGUGAAAAUUGAUUUCCCCAUAAAAAUGCUCACCCCAAGGACUUCUUACAAAGUUUCAUUUAUCUUAAUGAAGAAAGAAGAUAAUAAGGGAUUUGACAAACCAGUAAAGCUGAAACUCCUUCUGCCCAACCAAGAGCCAGUUGAACGUACACAAGAUUUGAGUUCUAUGUCGAUAAAUGAAUGGACAGAGAUCCCAGUUGGUGACUUUAUAACCCCUUGUGAUCAUACUUCUGGAGACAUAGAAAUCUCUAUGGCACAGAUUGGUAGUAAAUAUAUGACAAAAGGGCUUGUCAUCAACAAAAUCCUCAUUUGUCCAGUAACGAAGGAUUGGAAGGAGCUUAGUGGGGAGAAUAAUUGGGAUGGUCUCUUGGAUCCUCUCAAUGUUGACCUUAGCAAGUUUAUAACUGUAUAUGGUGAAAGACUUGAUGCCAUUUAUGACUGCAUAAUUACAGAUGAAACUUCACCAGAGUAUGAACUUCCCAUGUAUAAGAAAAAAGAGUUUUUUUCUAAAGUUGGCCCAGACAAAGGCAAAGCGAGACAAAUAUACGAGGUUAAAAAGUAUAUCUAUACGUGGGACAAUGUUUCUUUUCCGGUCAAAUUGUUAUUUCCAAACAGAUCUGCUUGGAUUGGUUAUGUGGCAGUGGCUACAGAUGAAGGAACGAGAUUGCUAGGAAGGAGAGACAUUUUGGUUUGCUGGAGAGGAACUUACAAUAACACAGAGUGGGAAAAGAAUACCAGUUUCUCGCAAACCCAUGCUGAAGUCAUAUAUCCGACUGUCCCUGAAGCCAUAGAUUCGACUGUCCCUGAAGCUGAGGUGCACAAUGAAUUUUACUCCAUCUACACAAUGCCAAAUUCAAGAUACGGGAACAAAAGUGCUAGAAAUCAGGUUGUAGAUGAAGUUAAGAAUUUGGUAAAUUUAUACCAAGAUGAGGAAGUUAGUAUAACAAUAACAGGACACGGUGUAGGUGCAGGUCUUGCUACAUUGAACGCAGCUGAUAUAGUUUCCAAUAAAUAUAAUAAGCCUGAUCAUAAUCCAGAGGACAAGGAAUUCUUAGUCACAACCUUUGUGUUUGGGAGCCCUAAGGUCGGGGACAUAGCCUUCCAAACUGAAUUCAAUAAGCAUAUACUAGAGAGGAAGCUACGUCUCCUGCGCAUCGAAAAUGUCGAAGACUUAAUCACCAUGAUGCCACUCGGAAACUACGUUAAAGUGGGAAAUGAGAUAACAUUUACCCAAACCAGUGCAAGCUCAGAUGAGUAUGACAAGAUAAAAUCUGUUCAUAGUUUGAAGAAUUAUAUUAAAGAAAUUUGUGCACUACCAUAUUCCUCACGCGAGGCGUCAUAUAUUCCUUCCUUCGAAGAAGAGUCGGGCUGGGGUUUUUCUUAA